AUUUCUGUUGGUUUUCAGAUCCUCCACUCUCUCUCCGUACACAUCGUGGCUAGCGACGAUUUCCGACACGGAUGCGUUGUUGGCUUCCCUGGGGAAGAACGGAGUGGCGACUGUGGACAUGGGGGGGAAUGUCAGGCUGUGGGAAACCAGCCUGGAUAGUCUGGAAAAAUCCCUGCAGGAAUGGAGGACCAUGAUUGGCCAAGAAGAUGGCAGGCCUGUUCAGAUAACCAUCCAGAGAGACAGCGGUUUGGACGUCAGCUCCCCUAAACAUGGGAAGAUUGAUCCAGACAACGCCCCUCACGUGGGAGGAAAUACCUGGGCGGGUGGGACAGGUGGGAGAGACACUGCAGGCUUGGGGGGCAAAGGGGGUCCCUACCGACUGGAUGCCGGUCACCAGGUGUACCAGAUAUCUCAAGCUGAGAAAGACGCCGUACCUGAAGAGGUGAAGAAAGCCGCCAGAGAGAUGGGCAAGAAGGCUUUUAAGCAGAG